GGCCGUGAGUAAAUCGGCUACUAUCACGCUGCUUCACAGGCUUUUCAGCCUCUUUUCCUCGUUUAUUUUUCUUUACAGCUUUCCAUUUUCUGUUUUAUAGACACGAAUCGCAAAGUUACCACUACGCUUACGAUUUGACGCCCGUUUUUCGUCCUACAACGUAGUUACGUCUACACAAUUGUACCCUAAGGUUACACUUGUUCUGUUUUUCUGGUUGGUCUGUUUUUCUCUUCAGCAAUGCCAACCAUUAGAGCGAAAAGAGUGCGACUGCACACGAAGGCCAGCAGGCCGAUCAGCCGAUUUCUUGUUUCUGAUGCGGCCCUGGGAAAGCUGACGAAAGACACGUCUAGCACCGAUGCCGCACUUGCAGUGUCGCCGCGGGAAGUUGGAAACGGCACUCCUCAUGAUCCGAUUCAUCUGCCUCUACGGACGGUGCCAAAUUCCAGCGGCUGCUACCACUGUCCAACGGAACAGUGUCAUUGUAUUUUGUUCGAAAAACUGCUGGCAAGCACGUACGAAAAGGUAUCGAAGAAACGUGUUGUUGAAGUUUGCGGUGUGCGUCAAUUGUGCGCCAAGUCCCUCCUGACGCCGUUCGUCACACGGCUCAUCCGUCUUAUGAACAUCACGGAGAAUGACACCUUUUACGACAUUGGUUGCGGAAACGGCUCAGUUUUAUUUCAAGUGGCGUGUUUAACGGGCGCAAAAUGCGUUGGGAUUGAGAUUAGCGAUCACAACGCCGAGGUUGCACGCGAGGCAUGGGAUCUUCUGCAGGAGGACUUGGAACGAAGAUUUCAUCGCACUAUGCCAGCUGUCGAGAUCAUUACGGCUGAUGCAGCGCAACUGUUGUCAAAUCCUGCAUUCUUUGAUGAAGAGGCCGGACAAACUGCAAUUUUGAUGUCGAACCUUUUGUUUCCCAAGCCACUCACCCAUUUUCUGUCGGAGCGACUGAGAACGACACCUGCGGGAACGCGCAUUAUGUGUUUUGAUGACCUGUACCCUCACUCCCGCUCCAUAGCACCUAUCCGCGAUCCAGAAGCUUUUCAGCUGUUUGAGAUGAAGGACUUUUUGUGGCAGGAAAUGAGCGUGGAAUGGUGUUCUAUGGAAGGCACCUUUUAUAUCCAUACAAGGAUCUAG